AUGCUACCUCCGAAAUUACCAGACAAGACCGCUCUAUCGGAGAUCAAGGCCAGGCGAAACCUGAACUACAAGCCGCACGGCACCAAAUCCUACAUUCACCUUCUUAACCGCUUCGGAUUUGAACCUACCAAAUCCGGACCGUACUUCCAAGCUCACCGAAUCCAACAACGUGGACUCGCUCACCCUAGAUUUGAUGCUGCUGUAGGCGGACGUGCCUAUCAGACAAAGAUACUUCAGAAAAAGCUUGGUGCCGAUGGAUCUCUGGAUGCCGGCGGAACUCAAAUUGGAGAGGUUACGGCAGAGGACGUGCCGUUUGAUUCCACGUACUUGUGCGAGGUGUCCAUUGGCACGCCCCCUCAGAAGUUCAAGUUGGACUUUGACACUGGGUCCGCAGACCUUUGGGUAGUCUCAACAAAAUUGAGUAAGAGAAUCCAGAGAGGUCACAAUGUCUUUGAUCCUUCAUCUUCCUCAUCGUUCAAUGAGCUCACCGAUAAGUCUUGGGAGACCGUUUAUCAAGAUAGGAGCCGCGCAUCAGGAGAUUGCGGCUCAGAUAAUCUUACCAUUGGUGGUUUGACCAUUGAGAAUCAAACUGUCCAGCUCGCGUCGGAACUUUCCUACCAAUUUGCCCAGGGCACUGGCGAUGGUCUUCUUGGCCUUGCUUUCCCGUCCAUCAGCACAGUCAAGACCAAUAAGUCUCCAGACCCUGCAGACACUCCUGUUAUUAACAUGAUCAAACAAGGUGACAUCCCCGAGGAGGCUGAGCUCUUUACCUCGGCGUUUUACAGCCAGUGGGAUGCUAAUUCGCCUGAGUCAUUCUACACUUUUGGCUUCAUUGACACUGAUCUUGUCUCGAGCUCCGGUGAGGAAAUUACGUGGACCGAAAUUGACUCGUCUGAUGGUUUUUGGAUGUUCCUAUCUGUCAGUGUCUCUGUGAAGGGCAAAACUAUCAAUCUGUCUGGUAAUAAGGCUAUUGCAGAUACUGGUAUAACUUUAGUCUUGGUUUCUAAUAAGGGCUAUGUCUUCCCUAAGAGCACAAAGGUAGAAGACCUACCAGAAUUCAAGGACUUGGUGUUUGCACCUGCAGAUAAAUAUAAGUGGUAUGGUAGAGUUUAG